CCUGCUCCAGUCGGCAGCAACCCGGAAGCAGGCGGUGCUGGAGUCGGAGCCGUUUCCUGCCCGGGAGACAAGCGGCCAGGGUGGGAUCUGUUGCAGCGGACCUGAUCCGGAGCCAUGACUCACCAGACCGGCAUCCACGCCACAACAGAAUUAAAGGAUUUUUUUGCCAAGGCCCGGAACGGUUCGGUCCGCCUCAUCAAAAUCGUCAUCGAGGAUGAGCAGUUGGUGCUUGGAGCCUACAAAGAACUGUCUCGACGUUGGGAUAAGGACUACGACUCAUUUGUGCUGCCGCUGCUGGAUGAGCUGCAGCCAUGCUACAUCCUCUACCGCCUGGACACCCAGAAUGCACAGGGCUACGAGUGGCUCUUCAUCUCCUGGUCUCCUGACAACUCUCCUGUUAGACUGAAGAUGCUCUAUGCAGCAACCAGAGCAACAGUGAAGAAAGAGUUUGGAGGAGGGCAUGUGAAGGACGAGCUCUUUGGAACAGUUAAGGAAGACAUCUCGCUCAGCGGUUACCAGAAGCACGUGUCGUCCUACUCUGCUCCAGCUCCUCUGACUGCAGCUGAACAAGAGCUCCAGCAGAUCCGCAUCAACGAGGGUAAAACAGCCCAGGAUCUUCAUUCCCUGGCCUCCAGCAGUGAGAUGAUGGUAGUGGGCUGUUGCUGCUGCCCAUCAGUGGUUGAAUACCCUCACCUUGAGGAGGUCAAGACUGAAAUCAGCGUUGAAAGCAAACACCAGACCCUCCAGGGACUGGCUUUUCCUUUGCAGCCAGAAGCUCAGCAGGCCAUCCAGUUACUAAAACAGAAGAAGAUCAAUUACAUCCAGCUGAAGCUGGACCUGGAACGGGAGACCAUAGAUUUGGUCCACACCAACGCCACUGAGAUAGCAGACCUGCCUAAAAGAAUUCCUCAGGAUUCGGCCCGUUACCACUUCUUCCUGUAUAAGCACUCUCACGAGGGAGAUUAUCUGGAGUCAGUUGUAUUCAUCUACUCCAUGCCUGGUUACAAAUGUAGCAUCAAGGAGCGCAUGUUGUACUCCAGUUGCAAGAGCCGACUGCUUGACUCCGUGGAACAAGAUUUCUGCCUAGAGAUUGCAAAGAAGAUUGAAAUUGAUGAUGGAGCUGAGCUGACAGCAGAGUUCCUGUAUGAUGAGGUCCACCCCAAGCAGCAUGCCUUCAAGCAGGCCUUUGCCAAACCCAAGGGGCCUGUGGGAAAGAGGGGACAGAAGCGACUUAUCAAAGGACCAGGCGAGAAUGGUGAAGACAGUUAAAGCCUCGUGGACAGGAGGACGGGUCAGGAAAGGGGCUGCGGGUGCCUACCAGCCUCCGGAAUCGCAGCUCCAACCAAAUCCACCUCUCUGCAUCUGAGCCUGUCCACCAAAUUCCAGAGCUGUUUCCUCCAUCUCUUCUUUCAAAGUCGUCUCCACCCGGUUUCGUUAGGGGGAGGGAGGGUAGGAAUCUGGGGGCAGGGAGGAAGAGAGAGAACCUCCAAGCCAUUUCUCUUCCUUUUUGCUCUGUCGUUGUGUAAAUCCUGGGAGGGGGAAAAACCAUAACUGUUCUAGAUUGAAAUGACUCUUAAAACCGAUGCUCCUGUUUACUGCUUCAUAUUGUGACCUGGUUUACUUGGAAACGGCACCACUCAAAGGAUUUUCUUCACCACUUAUCUGGGGUGGGGUAUUCACACGCAAAGAGCAGAACUCUACCCACCCACACCCCCAUAAAAACACCCUCCAAAUGCCUUUUCUCUCACUGUUACAAAACAGUGCAUCAAUAGUCUUUGGAAAUUCCCAUACCAUUAAUGUCAUGCUUUACCAAGAUGGCAAGUUUGCCUAGGAGUUGACUCAGUACUCACUAUUUGAGGGUUAAGGAGUGUGUUCCAGGGAUUAGCACUGCAGCAGGAUCUCCCCUCCCCCUUUUUUGUUUAAAACCUUGGAGUUGGUGGGGGAGGUGCUAGAGGUUAGUGGGAUUUUUCUCAAACGACACAGGUGUGUUUUUUGGAUGAAGAAAAGCUGUUCAUCUCCAGGCAGCUGAAGGAGAGGCUGAUAGUUCCUGAUAGCCGCUCUCAUUUCACCAGUGAAGAGGCUUGGCGUCCAGUUCCAGGCCUUACCAGGUAGCCUUGUUUGUGGCGCCACAAAUCCACAUACAGGUCCUGGGUUUCACUGUCCACUUUUAUGAGUUUUGUAAAGCUGUUUCUCCCCCAACCUCCUCUGCCUCACUUGGAUGGCUCAUUGCCUCACGCUGUUGCAGCCACAUGAGAAGAUGAGAGCAAUUAGAAAUCAGGAAGUGCAAUCCCUGCCCAGUUCCUCUUGGUUGGCUCCUUGACAUUCUUAAUUUAAGGUUGCCACUUCUUCUUCUUUUCGUGUCACCUCCAUGUAUAGCUCUGGUAUGCUUUACCACACGUUGCCACACCAGCACCUCACCUUGCAGUUGGCUCCCAGCCAAAUGGCCAUGUCAACUUACCUAGCUGUUGCUCUGACUUACAGGAACUGCCUUUUCUCAAGCUAGAUGGUUCCAAAUAUUGCAUUCAGCUGGCUGUUGGCUGUGAAGCCUUUGGGCUCCUCGGCCCAGUGAUGUAUUUGCUCAGGUGUCGUCCUCCUCCUCCUUCCUCAAUCGUGACACCUGCACUGGCACCUGUAGGUUACGAUGCAAAACCAGGCUGAUCCUUAGCUAUACAGUAAAGCUUUGCCAAGCUAAGGGAAUAUUGGCACUUCCACAGGAUCCUGAACGGGUUGUCUUCUUCAUGGGAUGCACUUUCCCCAUGACAGAUGUUGUUCACUGUGGCAGGAAUGUUCUGUGUCCCAGAGUGGUUGCUGCAGAUCCAUGUAAACCAGGUGGAAGGAAGGGGCAGCCGCUGGUGUGACGGUGUUACCCAUGUGCAGGGGGGCUGGAGCAGCUCAUGAUGGAAGGGCAGUUGCAUUGCCAGGGGUGUUGGUGGUGGAAGAAGUCUUCUCGAUCCACUCUGAAUGCAAGAGUAGAGGUAGGCCCUGACUCAGCUCAAGCCAGCAAUGUGACCCAGAUUGGGGACUUCUGACAACCAUUGUAGUAGAUGACGAUGUGUUCAUUCCAUGGGGGUCACUGAAUUUAACGUGCAUGAUUAAACUUCUCCUUCUGACCCCUGGGGAGCUUCUUAGUAGUCUGUUUUGUAUCUCAUAAAAAAAAACAACCUCCACACAAAUGCUAAGCCUUUUUUCUUUCUUUUCUUUUCUUACAUAGCCAAUUGUGUGGUGUUAGCUUGAUGGCUUUGAAUCGUGAUUUCUUCCCUGCCCCUCCCUCCACCCCCCUUUUAUGAAGUCAGUGUAUUCUUUUGAAGUCUACAGAAGAGGCAGAUAAGUUAAGCAGCAAAGAAUGCUGCAACAGUUGUGAAGGAAAGAGCCUGGGUUUUCUCUAGCUCGCUCAUUCCCAUGGUGGAAACAGCUGGGACUUGGGCCUGCGAGUCAAGAAAGGAAGGGCAGGUUUCUCCAAGUUCAAAGCACACUGCCCUAGGGCACUUUCAAGUAUCUGGCUUUUUAAAAAAUGAUUUAAAAAAUACAGAACAGCUCAUGCCAUAAUUUCAGAGGAGAAACCUAGAUUUUAACUCUCCCAUAAUCUUUUUAUUUUCCUGAGAGGUGUGCUGGCAGGAUUUGGAAGGACAGUCUCUUCUAACUUUUAAGAAUUUCCUCCACAUUGGACAGCAGGCCUUGCUUCCAGUUUGUAACGCUCAGAAGACAUUGAUUAGGUUCAAAGUUUGGCCUAGCUCAGCAUGUCAUGUUCAGCCAACAGGAUCCAGAUUCAAAUAGGGAUAUUGAAAUCCUCUACUGGGGGUUUCCCCUCUCUUUUGCCUAUAUUUUCUGUGACCAAAACCCAAACUGUCAAGCUACAUUCAGGGACUGGCAGUAGUAGAUUGUAUCACUCCUCCACCCCCAAUUCUUGUUCCUAGAGCACCGUAACUGUUGACAACUCUAGGCCAGGAGUUGCCAAGCUGGUGCACUCCACAUGUCAAACUCCAGUUCUCAUCAGCCCCUGCUAGCAUGAUGGGAGUUGCAUUCAAACAACAUUUGAAGGACACCACACUGGCUGUCCCUGCUCUAGGCUCCCCCCCCCACCUCCCCGACCACCAUUAUUUGGCUUAUCCCUGACCCCCCACCUCCCAGUAACAAUCCUGUGGGGCAAGUCUGCAUUCUAGGUGGAGUGUGCUAUGCACGUGUGGGGUUAUCUAGCCCACCUGUGCUUUCAUUCAUGUGCUUCUGGAUGUUGCCACCCUCUGUGGGCAUUUUUACUGCCACUGUGAGACAUAGUGAAUCAGCGAAAAGCUUUCUUGUCUUGAGAUAAUGCAUACUGGUGCCUCUGUCAUCCCAUUCCCUCAGGAAUGUGCAAGAAGUCAAACAUUUUUAAGAGCAUCUACCCAAGGCCCCAAGCAAAGGGACACCCAGAUGUGAGCAUUUGCUGACUCAGAUGUAUUUUCCAUUCUGUAGCUGGAAGAUGGUAGCCAGCAUGUCACAGAGGAUACAUUUCUUUGGGAUCCCCACCACUGCCAAAGGAUUUCAUUCCAUUUUAAGUUUGCCUAGCAAGGUCACUGUUGACAUGUUCUCUGCCAUGUUCUGUUUAAUGGAUUAGCCCCGUGUCCCAAAGGAAUUUGGUGGCUAAAGCAACCAAGACCUAGCUUGGCCUUGUGUGAUACUUGGACUCCAUUAGAUUGGUCUGAAUCUAUUCUUUUGCUGUAUUAAUACAGAACAUUACCAUGCAAUGGUGAUGGUCCAAUCAGCAGUCUCAAGUGCAUGAUCAGUUAUAAUUUAAGGACCUAUCAGAACUUCCAUGAAGGAAAAAGAGAGAAUUGGUAGCCUACAUCUCAGUACUCCCUUUCUUGUCUCAUUUUCUCCUCUCCACUAACACUAAAGGCCAAAUCUCAGGAUUUCAGAGAGACUAGUUACAGAAUUGUUGUGUCUCCCACCGCCUACCCACUGACCCAUGAACAUGACUGGUCCCUGUGGUUACUCCACUAUGCGAUCUAAAUAUCUGGAGCUUGUCUCUUUUAGGGAGGGGUAACCCUUGUUUCCAAGGUGAUGAGAAGACUUUCAAAAUCAGCCAUGCUGGAUGAAGAUCACAAUUAUGUGACAAUCCCAUAAAUAUCCAGCCUUCCCGCACCCCAUCCUUCACAAGUAUCCAUCCAAUCUGCACAAUAAAAAAAACUCUCCCCCCCCCUUACCUGUUUUGGAGGAAACACCCCAGCACUGGAACGCUUCUAAGCUGGAGAGGAAUGUUACUCAGAGCAUGGGAGAUCCUUCCUCCCGUGGGUAUUCUCAGGUAUCUCUGCUUGUGGAAAUCAUUUCCCACCCCUAAAACAUUCUCCAAAUUUAUUAGACUGGAUUAGAAUCAAUGAGUCAAGAUAACGCUGUAAUUUUGCCACCUAGGAGUCACGUCAGAAAAACAGAAGAUAUGGUUUCUUCCCUUUUAAAAUGUUUCAGUUUAUUUUAGUGGGAUAUUGCAUCAUUAUGGUGGCCAAGGUAGUUGCUGUACUUUCAUUUGGAACUUGUUUUGACUUGAAUCACUUUGGCACUAUAUGGAAGCCCAGGGGCAAUGUUUUGAAGGGCCCCGAAGUGGCAGGAGCCCAUAGAGCGUUGAGACUAUGCUACUACUGAAGAACAGUAGAGUAUUCCUGCACAUGCUCAGUGGAGGCUGCGAUAGGUUUAGUGCACACUCUGCUCUAGCAGGUGCUUAGCUGUAGUGGCUGAAAGGCAGGGCCAAUGGGCAGCGUGGUAAAAGUGAUCGCAGCCAUCACUUGACUGUAACUUGCCACAGUGACGAGCAGGCCAGAAACUACCACUACCUUAUUCACACUAACAGCACGCAGAAUCUUAACAUGAGCACCAGAGGUUUGGCGAAACUUAGGAAAUGCACAUUCCUGAUUGGACUGGGUGAUGAUGUGGAUUUGUAGAUUAUGGGGGAGGCAGGGCACACUGUACUGAAUGCUGUAUUUUCUAAAAAAUAAAAAGUAUUUUUAAAACA